AUGAUUCAGACCGAUCGCUUAUACUCCGCAGACGAACUGUACAUGCUUCAGCAGGGCGAGGAUAAACUCUUUCGGGAGUAUGCAGCCCGAUUCAGUCACAAGUACUCCCGCUGUCCGGACAUCGACGAUCGCACUUCCUUUGGUGCCUUCAAGAGUGGUCUCCGUGAGUCCAACUUCCGCUACUUAGUUCAUAGCAACAGUUGGAACACAUAUGUAAAGUUAAUGAAGCAGGCAGCAGUUCACGCCAAGGCUGAAUACUUCAAUUCUAAGCGUGGCCCAGCUACCCUGGCGCGUAGCACCUUCGCUGAUUCUCCACCUGCUUCAGUACCUGCCCUAGCCUCACCUCAGCAUUCUGCUCCCACCCCAAGCACCCAAGGUACCCCGCAAUAA